AUGUUCACCAGUGAAAACCCAUCUUUGGCUAUUCGCGAUCAUCUCAAACAUUGGUGGUUCCCUUUCUUAGCUCAACCAGCCAGCCACAGCCUUUUGCAAAUAGGAUCUUUCUCCGUGUACGAGUUGGUGUUCCAUUCAACUUGCGCCAACGCACAUCCUUGGAACGCCCUGCCGCUCAUUGAUCCAUCCAUUGAUAUUGAUAUACAUUUUCUUGUCUGCCCUAGCAAGCAUCCAAGACUUUUGGACUCCGCCUGCGCCUGCGCCUGCGUCUUAGUCGAUCCCUCCCAGAUUACUAUCAGUAACCCCGCCGCCGUCUUCCUUGCCGUGGUCGUUGCUUUUCAUUGCGCCCAGGCUCAACUUGAAUAUUUUCCUCAUCGACAUCUCUUCCCUGCCGAGUUUCUUGUCGCUAUCGACGAUAACCGUACUGGAUCUCACCUCCUGAAGACGCCAGUAUACAACCACACAGUCCUCAAUGGACCCUUUGUGCCACUGAGCACCACCGAAACACUCGACUUACACGCCUUCUUGAACGGCGUAUCAAAAAAUUAA